GUAUGCCAACCUGCUGCUUCUGCUUUGCUUCCAACCAGCCUGAAACGAUCGUGCAACUUGUACGCUACAAGUUUCACUUGUUUUUAUUCUGUUUCUGCCCUAACAGAGCACAGCAGCAACGUAGAAAGUGAGUGUAAACAGAAGCGUCAAGUGUUCUUCAGGUUAGUAGCUGAUUUAUUUGUGUUAUUUAAAGUAUAACCGCUUGUGUUUGUUUGAUAUUGUAUAUACAACAGACUGGCAAUGAAAAAGUCAGUAAUCUCAUACUUCUUAACAAUAAAUUGGCACCAAACCUGUACCAGCAUGAUUGUGCCAGUUAGAUUUUACCUUGUGCCGCAUCCGUUUUUACUGGGCAGGUUGUUACGUCGCUAUUUAGUUGGUUUUACUUCUGAUUUCCAUACAACAAUAAAAACGACUUGAUACAUAUCAUUUGUUUAUACAUGCAGGUUUAACAGACGAUUAGAUUCUGUCUCUGUUAGAGGAUUACGAACUAAGUGGUGUCUCUUCUGAUGAAGAUGAAGAAUUCGCUCCUUCUCCUACAAAUGUUAAACAAAUUCACAACGAAAUUGAAGAUGAUUCUAUCUCAGAUGAAACAUGUGAAGUACAGAACACUUCAGAUUGUCAUAGAAGAAAAUCCAGACCUUUGCUUUAUCGUGAAAUGGAUUUCACAGAGAAGUGUCAUCCACCACAAAUAGAUUAUACUCCUGUGCAGAAUCCUUCGCCCGUUCAGAGCCCUGCUCAGUAUUUUUCUGAAUAUUUCAGUGAAUAUUUCUUCGAAAAUGCUGCCAAGUUCACAAACAUGUAUAGUGUGGCUAAGAGUGGCACAUCAUUAGAUACAACAGCUAGAGAAAUUAAGCUGUUUUUUGGAAUUAACUUAAUUAUGAGAUGCACAAGGUAUCCUAGGUUACCUAUGAAUUGGCAGAAAAGCAUUUCUCAGGGUGCAGUCAGUGACAGUACAUCUCGAGACCAUUUUCUUGCCCUGCAAUACAACAUACAUUUUGUAGAUACUGUAGCACCACCUCAAGAUGCCCAAACGAAUAGACCAUGGAAGAUUCAACCACUCAUUGAAGCUGUGAGAGAGAUGCCAUACUUUAUCCCAUACAUUAUUACAGCAUUGAUGAACAAAUGAUACCCUUCACAGGGCAUUGUAAAUUAAAACAAUAUGUCAAAGGCGAACCUAGGCCUUUAGGGCUAAAGAACUUUGUUUUGGUUUCAUCUUCAGGUAUAGUUUUAGAUUUUGAGAUAUAUCAGGGUGCCAGCAUGAAUUUUCAUGACAAAUCAUUAGGCUUAGGACCAUCAGUGAUUUUGUGGCUUCCCCAAACUACCUGAGGGAAGUUUUAUCUAUUUCUAUAGAUAUUUCACUAUCAUUCGCCUCUUAGAGAAACUCAGAGAGAGGGGAAUCGAAAGUACAGGGACAAUAUUGACAAAAAGAAUAAAAAAUGUUAAACUGAAAGGUAAAACGACUAGAGGAGAAUGUCAUCAGUAUGUUAGAUCAGAUGAGGCAGUCAUUAUAACUCAGUGGCAGGAUAAUCAAAGGGUUGUUGUGGCAUCCACUUCUGCUGGCAUAGAGCCAAAGUGCAAAGUCCAAAGGUGGAGUAAUAAGGAAUAUAAAUAUUUAGAAAUAGACUGUCCUGCUGUCAUUAAGAAGUACAAUGGGUGGAGUAGAUAUUAAUGACCAACAAAUUGAAUGCUAUCGGACAUGGUUCAGAACCUAAAAAUUGACUCUUACUUUGCUUUAUAGACCUGACUGUAGUAAAUUAUUGGUCUAUGUAUAGACAGCACUGCAGGGAACAGCAACUUCCAUAAAAGAAUGUAAUGGAUUUGCUGAAAUUCAGGAUGUCUUUGGCUGAGGCUCUAUUGUCAUGUCCAGAUAGGAAAAGGACAGAAGAAUGUGAAGUACAAUCAGAGAGAGAACUAGUUCCACCUAAAAACGCAAAAAUGUACAAACCCCAUCAAAAACCAGGACAGGACAAGAGGUAUGAUGGCUAUGACCACUGGCCAACAGUGGAUGACAUUUAUUCCCCAAGGACUUGCCAGUUUGAGUACUGCAACAGCAGGGCAAAAACUAAAUGUGUCGAAUGCAGUCAGUACUUAUGUCUAUCCAAGGAAAAAAACUGUUUCAAGUCAUUUCACAAAAAAAUAAUGUUUGAUUUUGUGAUGUAAUUUUUAAUUAUUGUAACAUUUUUGCUACAAUUUUAAUAUUUUUGAUAAAUUUUAUAAUUUGUAAUACCUUUUUGCUGUGAUUGUAAUGUUUUAGACGAGUUUUGUAAUUAAAUAUGGAGA